AUGGCUUUGGCCUUGAGCUCGCUGAUUGAAGAGCUGAUUGUCGUUUUGGCUAAAGUUCCUCCUGACCAGAAGCAAUCCCCGCGCAUCCAGGCUCUCCGAAAGCGCGCCGAGGGAGCUUUGCGUCCUGGUACUCAUGGACGUACCAAUCAAUUCGCCGUCGCGCGCAAAUUAGAGGGGUUACAAGAGAAGUUCCAAGUCCUCAACCGAGAUGAGCUGGCCGAUGCUCUGAGUACUCGCCUCAAGGAACUAGAGGGCUACCGCGACACAUGGCAUCCAGAAAUCCUAAGCCUGCUUUUGCAACUUUCGGACCGCCCAGAUCAAUUGUCAGAUCUCGAUCGACUCCCGACUCCUGCUGUCGCUACCGAAGAGGACAAAUCGCUAUUGUGGUCCGACCUCAAUGACCAGGGAACCGCCUAUUGCCAUGAAGACAUCUGGGAAGAGGUCGACUUCGCAGCCGACUCCUCAGAAGAUGACCUCUUGUCAAUCUCAGAUGGCGGGGACCUCGUCUCCUCUAAACUCUCACUAGUGACCCCCGCCUCCCAAGAAACAGAAUACGUCAUUCCCAAUGAGCUCUUCGAGUCGAGGGAAGACGGAGAUCUCAUUGCCUCGAUAGAAAAGGCCCAGUUCUGGACACCAGAGAACAGGGCGAAGGUCGCAAAGGAUCAGCAAGAUGCGUCCUGCAUUAUCACAGAAUUACAAUGUGCCAGAGAGGCAAUUUUCAUGCUGCAAGGUUUACCCACUUCCAUCUUCUGGCGCUUGGACACCGAUAUCGAAGUUGAUCGCUGCUACAAUCUCGCAUAUUCCUCAAGCACGUCUCUUUCGGCCUUACUGCGAUCAUUCACUGAGAUUGGAGCCAAAAUUGAUGUUGCGCGGCGCUUUACAAGGUUACCACAGGCUAUCCCCUACCUGCAGACCUUCUGCCGGGGCGUAGAGGAGCGGUUGCUUGACUUUGAUCGGACUCUUUCCCAAAAACAGUGCGAAUAUCUUUCGCCUGGCUCAACAGUCAGCUUAAUUCAUCUGCUCGAUGAUGUUCGCCGAUACUCUCGCAAUCUUGAAUUGCUGGCUGAACUCAUCUCCAAGCUGAACUCAACCUCGACUACUCACCCUAUGCGCUGCCUUGAGUUAUUAUACAACUUGGUUUGCAUGGUUGAAGCACUUGGUGAUGAGAACGCAUCCAACGAUCUUGCGGUACUAUUCUUCUCCUGCUUCAAAACAUAUACAAGGUCAAUCCAACUCUGGAUGAAGACAGGCAAGGUUGAUUCUAAAGACAACACUUUCUUUGUGCGAGUCAAUCGGGAGAACAAGGAACUACGUACUCUUUGGCACAAUUGGUUCAUACUGGACGAGGGCAGCAGACGACAGAACAUCCCCCAAUUUUUGGAACCUGGAGUACAGAAGGUGUUUACGACUGGGAAGAGCAUGGUUUUCUUGCAACAUUUGAGCGCACAACCAGACCAUCCUGGAGAUGGAAGCAGCGAUACGGCCUUCGAUGAAAUCUAUUUUCCAACUGAAUUUUCUUCAUUUUGUCUCCCGUUCCCGGUGCUGGUCGAGACCGCCUUCGAUCGACUGGUAGAUGCCAACCACUCACUUAGCUCUGCGCUACUACGCAAUGAAUUCGACGAACAAUGCGGCUUGUGGACAUCUCUCGAUGCCCUGCAACACGUCUACUUAGGCAAGGAUUUGAGCAUCCUCGGUACUAUUGAUGCGAAGAUUUUCGACCUAAUGGACCGAGGGCGCUCCUGGGACGACAAAUUCCUGAUCACCGAAGUAACAAGAUCGGCAUUUAGCGUCAUGCCUGGCAUUGACGCAUCAAAGCUUGUUGUGCGAUCAGCAGGCUCUUCAGCUUCCUACAAAUUAGAACGAUCCGUCAAAAUUCUCGAAACAAUUUCAAUUGAUUACGUUCUCCCUUGGCCUGUGGCGAAUAUCAUCACCCAAGACGCCAUCCAAUCCUAUCGGCACAUUUCAACCUUCCUCAUGCAGAUCCGGCGUGCUAAGCAUGCCCUUGUGCGAGAGCGCAUAAAAGAUGCACGCAACUCCGUCACAAACGACCCAAAUGAUACCCAUGUCCACGCUCUGCAUCACGAAUUCCUUUGGUUCCUCGAUUUCCUGUACUCACACCUCACAUACCUGGUCAUAUCCACCGCAGAGCAAUCGUUACGAUCGACGCUUUCCAAAGCAGAAGACGUUGAUGCCAUGAUAUCAGCUCACCAGGCGUACAUGUCCUCACUGAAAGAACAGUGCCUCUUAUCCGAGAGCCUUGCCCCAGUGCACAAGGCCGUCGUCGAUAUCCUGGACCUCUGCAUCCAUUUCGCGGAUCUGCAGACUGCACGGAAUUCAGAAGAGACUCAUGAUAGCCGGAUGGGUACAUCACGCGGACAUGGCUUUGAAUCCGACUCGGACGAAGAAGAAGAUAUUCACGAGCAAACUUUGACAAUCUCAUUUCGUGAAUCGCCCUAUAACCACCAAAUACGAAAUGUGAAGCGCCAGUUCGACCAUCUGACCAAUUUCGUUGCCGAUGGAUUGAAGGGUGUUGCGCGAGCGGAUGGAUGUCCGAGCUGGAACAUUUUGGCGGAUCGGUUCGAGUGGAGGAAAGGCUGGUUGAAGUUGUAA